AUGCCGCGAAUCCUUACUCUCAAGCACAUUGAAGGCGGUAAGCCUGGGGAAGUCUACUAUCCCAUUCAAAUCAAGGACGUCCCCAAGCCAUCUCCCGGACCUCGCGAGCUCCUCGUCCGCAUCUCUGCCGUGGCGCUCAACCACAGAGACCUCUUCAUCCGCCGUCACCAAUAUCCUGCCAUUUCCUUCACCUCGCCACUGUUUGCAGACGGCUAUGGAACCGUCGUCGAGGCCGGGCCCGACGUCACUCGCAAGGACCUACUCCACAAGCCCGUGCUGCUGACGCCCAUGCGAGGAUGGGAGUCUAGCCCCGCCGGACCGGAAGACCCGCGCAAGUUCGCCGUCAUUGGUAGCAGCAAGAUCACCGAGGCCGGGACUGGGCAGGACUACAUUGUCGUGCCCGAGGACGAGGUUGAGCCGGCCCCAGAGCAUCUCUCGCCCGGCGAAGGCGCCGCGCUGCCGCUCGUGGGGCUUACGGGGUGGAGGGCUCUGGUGACCAAGAGCGGUGCCGCCUUUCCGGGAAGCAAUAUCCUGGUCACGGGCAUCGGCGGUGGCGUUGCGCUUGCGGUCCUCCAGUUUGCCGUUGCCUUUGGCAGCAACGUCUACGUCUCGUCCGGUGAUCCGGCCAAGCUUGAGCGGGCCAAGGCCCUGGGCGCAAGGGGAGGCGUCAACUACAAGUCCGAGACGUGGGAAAAGGAACUGGCCGCCCUCCUCCCUCAGGAUCGGCCAUAUCUUGAUGCCGUGAUUGACGGCGCUGGCGGAAAGCUCGUCUCCAAGACGGUUCGCCUCCUGAAGCCCGGCGGCAUCAUCUCCCAGUACGGCAUGACGGUGUCUCCCAAGAUGGACUGGGUGAUGCAGGCCGUGCUGGCCAACGUGGAGCUCAAGGGCACCACGAUGGGCUCGAAGCAAGAAUUCAAGGACAUGGUGGCCUUUGUCAAAGAAAAGAAGAUUGCGCCCGUCAUUAGCAAGACCAUCAAGGGCCUGGGCAACAUCGAGGCCAUCGACGAGCUGUUUGAGGAGAUGGAGCAAGGAAAGCAGUUUGGCAAGUUGGUGAUUGAGCUUGAUUCCGACGGCUCCUCUCCCAGACUUUGA